AUGGCGGAGAAACACAUUGGUGCUGCCGAAGAGGUAGCAGUCGAGGCGCCUUCAUCGUCUGCAGGAAAGUCGCAAGUUCACCAUGAAGAAUCGGUCGGUGACGUCGAGAAGACCAUUUUUCUUCGAAUCGACGGAGAUGACCUCGACCAUGAGCACGAGCCUAAGAUGACCUUCAAGCGCUUCAUGAGUCUGCUCGCUAUGGCCCUGCUCUGGACGGGCAGCCAAAUUCCCGUCUAUCUUUAUGGCAGCAUACCCCCGUACAUCUACGGAGACAUUGGCGGGGUGGACAGAUGGAUUUGGUUUAUUUUGGGGAAUCUGCUUGCCCUAGCAGGCGUCUGUCCUUUCGUUGGCUCCCUGUCGGACCUCCUUGGACGGCGCUAUGUGGCUUUGAUCGGUGCCGGGCUACUUGUCCUGGGAACCGUCAUCGCGACGACCGCAAAGUCAAUGAACAUGUUCAUCGCUGGCACAACCAUUGCAGGAGCAGCCGCUGGCAUUAGUGAACUCACAGCGUUAGCAGUGACUUCUGAACUGGCUCCUACAAGGAAGCGUGGUGCCUACGUCGCGGUCCUGAUUUUCACCAUCGUACCUUUCUUGCCAUCUGGAAUAUAUGCACAGCUGAUUGCCUCUCAUGCUGGUUGGCGGUACUGUGGCAUUAUCAUCUGCGUUUGGAAUGGGCUUGGCCUCAUCAUCACGGCAUUGUUCUAUUUCCCUCCGCCGCGGGUCAACUCUAAAGGCAAAUCGAAGCAAGAGAUUCUCCACCAAAUUGACUUCAUCGGCGGUUUGCUCAGCAUUUCUGGAAUGGUGCUGUUCAUGGCCGGCAUGCAAUGGGGAGGCUAUCAGUACUCGUGGCGAUCCCCCCAUGCCCUGGUUCCUCUUAUUCUCGGCGCUGUCCUUAUCGUCUUAUUCCUCUUCUGGGAAGCCUACGGUGCAGAAUACCCCAUGUUUCCCAAAAAGACUCAAGCAGGAUCCUCGUAUCUUGGGACUCACUCUCCUCAUCACAUUCAUUUCCGGAGCAAACUUCUUCUCAUACCUUAUGUUCUGGCCAACACAGGCUUUUAA